GAUUGUUUUGAGAGUUUGGUGCUUAACAAGUUCUAAACCAUCCGCUUCCUGGAACAGGACAAGUGUAAAGUAUAUAUCAAUAACCACUUCAAACGGAAGCCGCUAGUUGGCAUGCAUUUCCUCUUCACCGAAGACAGACAACAAAGGAUGGCGGAAUGCCUACAAUCAAGCCGGACUACCUAGAAGCAAUGCAGAUUGACAUCAGACUACUUCUAAAUAUUUUGCCAAACAGAGAAGGCACAUUGUACACACCAAAUAUUACAGGGAUAAAAUGUGCAAGGCCAGCCAUGGAAUGUUUUAUGCGUGAAAUUGACAUUCUAGAGGAAGAAAAUGAAAACAGAAACAUUACGAAUACAAUACAAAAUAUCAAGAGAAAUCUUCAAGCUGGUUGGAAACAAGUUGCAAAAAGAGAUGCAAAAGAAGACGAAAUAUGUCCGUUGUGUGAAUCAUAUGAAGAACAAAACUACACUGAUUUUUUAAAUCGCUUGAUUGCAUUGGUACAAUUUGUUUUGCGCACUGGAUUUGAAAAACACUAGAUACUGAUUUCUAGCAUCACUUGUCUAAUUAUUAUAUUGCUUAUCCAACAUAGAGGGUCGGCAGAACGUUGGAUAAGCAAAAAUGAGGGAUUAAGGAAAAGCCUAUUAAACGUCAAAUUAUGUUUUGAUUUUACAAAUUAGACACAAAAACAUGUUUUACAACAAAUUGACAGAAAAAGCAGUUCAAUACACGGCAACGUUCAUGUAGUAAUUAGUACUGUAUUUACGAAUUUAGCACCAAAACAUUGCAAUGUACUGAAACAGCUGUGGAUCUGGACGGGAGGCAGACUGUUGGAUAAUGCAGAAUGUUGGAUGAGUGAAGGUUGGAUAAGUGAGACUCUACUGUAUUUAAAUAUAAAUCCCCUUUUAAACAAAUUUAAAAUGGUUUUAUAGACUCACAUUUAUGUUUUCAGUUAGCUGAGGAGGCUACGGGUGGAAUUUGGGUGGGACUGUGUUUUAAAAUGCAUUUUAUUUGUAUUUAUUAUGUUUUAAUUGUAUUUUUAACCAACACACAAUCUAUUUAAUUUUUUAAAAUUUUAUAUUCACUUUGUUUUAAAUUGAUCAAAAUGUGUGAUUGUUAGCUGCCUUGAGUCUCCUCAGGGAGAAAGGCAGGAUAUAAAGUAAAUAAAACAAAUAC